ACUAACUCUCUAUAAAUAUCCCGUGGCAUCAGUGAGUUUUAACACGAUACAAUUUGGAUUUUCUUUCUUUGUAUUUUUCAAAGCAAAGGCAAUGGAGCGGAAGACUAUGGUCAAGUUAUCUCAUGUGGUUGCUUUCUUGCUUCUUGCAUCCCUUUUUCAACCUCUUACGGCACGAGAUCUGAUAUUCGAAGUGAGUGAUGAAAUAGAAGUCUUGCGAUUUCCAAUGGCAAAAGAAAACCAAGUGAAAACACUUGAUGAUGUCUCUAAACCCUUUAUUUGCCCAG